GAAUGUUAUAACGGAAAUAUCAAAUAUUCUAGGAAGUUUGUGAAAUACUAUCGGCGGCUUUGAGUGCGAAGACUAGCUCUUGACCUAGCAGGCGGCUAUUGGUUUUGUAGGUCGCGGGGAGCAGUUGACAUAACUUGUUUGGCAUAGCAUCUGUCAUUAUAAAAGUUUAUUUGGAUUAGGCAGGUUCGAGGAGACUGACCAAGAUGCCGGUCUUCCACACGAAGACGAUAGAAAGUAUUUUGGAACCUGUGGCUCAACAGGUGUCCAUGCUGGUGAUCCUCCAUGAAGAAGCAGAAGAUGGUAACGCUAUGCCUGAUCUGGCCCAGCCAGUCAGAACUGUUAAAAUUGCUGUUGAUAACUUAGUCAAGGUAGGAUAUGAAACAAUUAAUUCCAGUGAUGAUCAGAUUUUAAAACAAGACAUGCCACCGGCAUUACGUCGAGUUGAUGAAUCCUCCCUACUACUGCUGGAGGCAUCAGACAUGCUGAGAUCAGAUCCGUAUUCAGGACCAGCUAGAAAAAAAUUAAUAGAAGGAUCUCGGGGUAUUUUACAAGGAACAUCAUCUUUAUUAUUAACCUUUGAUGAAUCAGAGGUGCGGAAGAUUAUUCGAACGUGUAAAAAUGUUUUAGAAUAUUUAGCUAUAACAGAAGUGGUUGAGAGAAUGGAAGAUCUUGUAACAUUUGUAAAGAAUUUAAGUCCUGUAAUAACGAAGAUGAUGAAGGAAGUGGAUGCCCGUAAAGAAGAAUUGACGCACAUCGUACAUCGUGAUAUGUUGAAACGUUCCCUGGAUCAGGUGAAAAAUCUCACACCUGUUCUAAUUAGUGGUAUCAAAAUAUUCAUCACUGCCAAGGCUAACAAUCAGGGUUUUACGGAAGCUCAGAAUAAUCGUGAUUAUGUUGUCCGUAAAAUGUCUGAUGAAAUACACGAGAUUAUCCGUGUGUUGUUAUUGACAACUUAUGAUGAAGAUGAAUGGGAUGCUGAUGAUUUAACUGUCAUGAAGAAAGCUCAGAAUGCUAUUGAAGGUAAAAUGCAACAUGCCCAAGAUUGGUUGAAAGAUCCUAAAGCCUUAGUUGGCAGUGCUGGUGAUAAAGCUCUUCGUAAUAUUUUGGAAGAUGCUAGAAAGAUAGCCGACCGUUGCACAAACCCUGGAGAUCGUGACACCAUUUUAAAAUGUGUUGGUGACUGCGAAUCAAUGGCCAAUGCUCUGUCAGAACUUCGUAUCCAAGGAAAGGGUAACAGUCCCCAAGCUGUUGGACUAGCCAGAGAACUACAGAAUAAACUCGACACCUUACAGAACCUCACACAUCGUGGUAUUAUGAACACAGAAAGAAGUGGUGUUCGUAAACCAGCUCCAACUGUUGACGGAAAGAUUGAACAAGCUCGGCAAUGGUUAGCUAAUCCUGGUAUUAAUGACAAUGGUCUAGGUGAGCAAGCCACACGAUUGGUUGUAGCUGAAGGUCGAAGGGUUGCACAAUGCUGUAGUGGACCACAACGUCAAGAAUUAUUAAGAUCGUGUGAUGAGGUUGAAAUUCUAACCAAUCAGCUUUCAGAGAUGUGCAAAAAGAACCAGGGAAAUAGUCCUCAAGCUGCUGCUGUUGCCAGACAUAUGUCUGAUAAACUACAACACCUGAAGAUUAAAAUAAGAGAUGCUCUUGUUAGUCAGGUUGCUGAAGAUUUCACGGAUAUUUCAACACCAUUAAAACAAUUAACAGAAGCUGCCGUGGCGCCACCAGGUACACCUGGUCGUGACGCUAACUUUGAUGACAGAGCUAGGAACUUCCAAGCCCAUGCCUGUAAAUUGGCCGAUACUGCCACCCUGGUUGCAACAGCUGGUGGAUGUCGUAAUAAGAAAACGGUUGAAGAAAUCUUCGCUAAUUCUAAACAGAUCAAAGAUUUAACUCCCCAAGUGAUUAAUGCGGCUAGGGUAUUAUUCUGUAACCCUGGUAAUCAAGCAGCCCAGGAACAUUUUGACCUCAUUAAGAAACAAUGGACUGAUAAUAUGGAACGUCUGAGAUUCCUGGUAGAUGAAGCUGUAGACUCAGCUGCACUUAUCAAAGCUGAAGAGGAAGCCAUUAAUAAAGAUACAGAUAGAAUUGAGGAGGGAAUACGAUCGGGAGAUGUUCCCAAGAUUGUUAAUAACACAGGUGACAUCGCACGAAGAGCCAAUCGUAUUUUACAAGUUGCCCAACAAGAGGCAGAGAACAGCGAAGAUCCACAGUUCUUGGCUCGAGUGAAUGCUGCUUCACAAAAUCUCAAACAGUCGAUUGCACCCAUGUUACAGAAUGCUAAAAAUCUGGCCAUGAAUCCACGAGAUGCGAAUGCAGCUGCUAAUUGGAGGAAAUCAAAUCAAGCUUUAUUAGAUGCCGUGGGACAAGUAAGACAGUGUGUAACAGAACAUACUAAAGAUGCUGUGGAGAACUAUCCCCCACCACCUCCCGAUCUAUCUCAACUUCAUAUCGCAGCUCCGAGACAGUAUUCAGCUCCGAAACAAUACUCAGCUCCUCCUCGAUUUUAUUCGACGCCCCCACCUCCACAACAAUGGGUAGCUCCACCUAUGCAACCAAGAGUGCAAUCAUCGCAAAUUUAUCACAUUCCUGCUGCGUCAUUGCGUCAGCCAGCCCCUAUUUCACUCGUCGUAGAUGUAGAUAGAAAUGCCGGUAGAACCGUUUUAGCUAGAGUUCCAGAGGACUAUCCAUCAGAUGACCACCUGGAGCUCAUCGAGGAAGCUAGUUUGCAGAAUGCACAAUAUAGUGCCCCCCCUCCACCACCUAUUCCCCCUCCCCCACAAGAAGAAUUUGGCUUUCAUCAACAGUAUGGUCUACGAGAUAGUGCUCCACCCCGUCCACCACUACCACAUGAGAUGGCACCACCACGACCACCACCACCAGAUACUGAUGAUGAAGAAGACUUCCCAAUACCACAGGCUAAUCAACCUAUUAUGAUGGCAGCCCAUGCUCUUCAUAUGGAAGCUAAACAAUGGUCCAGUAAAGAUAAUGAAAUUAUUACUGCAGCUAAAAAAAUGGCCUUGUUAAUGGCCAAACUCAGUCAACUUGUAAGAGGUGAAGGUGGUAGUAAAAAGGAAUUAAUAGAAACGGCUAAACUUAUCGCUAUGCAGUCAACUGAAGUAACUCGUCUGGCUAAAAAACUAGCCUCUGACUGUACAGACAAAAAAAUGAGAAAUAGUUUAUUACAAGUAUGUGAAAGAAUACCAACAAUAGGAACACAGUUAAAAAUUCUUUCUACAGUUAAAGCUACUAUGUUAGGAGCUCAAGAACCCAUACCGAGUCCAGAUGGCAGUGAAAUUGCUACAGGUUCUGAAGAAGAUCAAGAAGCAACCGAAAUGUUGGUAGGAAAUGCCCAGAAUCUGAUGCAGGCUGUUAAAGAGACUGUUCGAGCUGCUGAGGGCGCAUCUAUCAAAAUCCGAGUCGACUCAGGUUAUCAGAUCCGCUGGGCUCGUAAACGACCUUGGUAUACAUAAACAGAGGUCACAAAUGACAAAGCAGUGAUCGAAGGAGAGUCAGCUAUAAAUUAAGCUUUUGGAGCUGAAUCACUGGAACGUCUGGAUACCAGAUUUUAUUAAAAACCCAUUCUAAAUAAAACCUUGAUAUGUUACUGAUUAAAAUUUGAUAUUAAGAAAAGGAAUACAAAUUUAAAUUUAAAUAAAAUGACCAUUUCAGAUUUUAGAUGCUCUCGUAAAAUUGAUCAUGGUAUUUUUAUUAAAUGAUGACAACAUUUUCCUGAAAUGUUGUUUUUAUUUGAGUAUUCACAGUUUGAAAUUGUCAGGGAUAUUUGUUUCAUUAUAAAUUAAUAAAAAAAAAAUCAUUUUGUUUAAAAACUUAUAUCGCUAAGACCUACCAAAGCUUUUUAUUUUAUUUCUUUUUUUUUUUUUGCAAUAUUUAUAUGUCCUCACUUUUUAUUAUUUUUGUGGAUGUUAAAGCGAUGUAUAUAUUUAAUGCCUUAAAUUAACCGGAGGGCCUUGAUGCAUGUCCUACUACAAGAUUUGUUCACUAUACAUGUUUAGACGUAAAUUAUUAAUAGAUGCUUGGUUACGUAAACAAGGGGAGAUAACAAUACAAAUAGUUGGUUACUUAUAGAAUAAUGCUAUUUUAAAUGGAAUAAGUCAUAAUACUACCUCUUUAUAGAUUAAUUCUCUUUCAUCCAGUUAUAACAAUAAGAUUAAUUCUCUUUCAUCCAGUUAUAACAUAAGACCACAUGGUCAUGGUAUUAGAUUUUGUUUUUGUUUCCUUGCCUGCAGACUAACGAGGGGUAUUUGAUGAUCAGUUCAGAAUUGACAGAAUUGCAAUUGAGUGGCGUGGAAUCAGGUCCAGUCACAUUCCUGUCAGCUUCGACAACGGAGGUGGUGUGAGUAGCAACGAUUGUGUAUCAGCUGUCAUGGUUGGUUGAGAUAUGUUCUCAAGCAGUAGGUGCAUGGGUUCUAGAUCCAAAUCCACAUUUUCACUCGAUUGUCACUAUUUUUGGGAUUAACAGAAUUCAAUUCCGGAAUGUUCAAUUGAGCUUUCCUCUCAAUUCCGGAAUGUUCAAUCAAGAUUUCCUCUCAAUUCUGGAAUGUUCAAUCGAGCAUCCCUCUCAAUUCUGGAAUGUCCAACCGAGCAUCCCUCUCAAUUCUGGAAUGCUCAAUCGAGCAUCCCACUCAAUUCUGGAACGUUCAAUUGAGUAUCCCCCAAGUGACCAACGCCCCAAUUACACAACACAUGUAUGCGAGUUAGUCAUGUAGUAAAAAAUUCAAAAAUAUGUAAUUUAUUUGAAAGCACAAGUGUCUUGUAUUUAUCAUAGAGUACAACCCUUCCUCAGUAUCCUCAGUGGUUUCAUUCCGUUCUACAUUUGCCAUCAUCAAGAGCAGAUAAUUUGAAUUGUUUGUUGACAUGUGAUUUUUAAUUGUGGUCUGAAACCAUCUGCUUAAAUAACGAUAAGAGUUAUGUCUCUUUAUUUUCGAUAAAAAUGUCUGACAAGAAAAAUUUUGAAAUGCCAACACUGGACUACCCCAUGAAUGGACCCAGGGGUUAGUGGAGUAGAACAGAAUGAUACCAGUGGGAAUGGACUAGAAUAAUGGAUAAGAGUUAUGUCCCUUUAUUUUAGAUAAAAAUGUCGUGACAAGAAAAAUUUUGAAAUCCCAACACUGGACUACUCCAUGAAUGAACAAAGGGGUUAAUGGAGUAGAAUAGAAUGAUACCAGUGGGAAUACCGAGGAUGUGUACAACCCUAAGUGGGGUAUAUAUAUAGUUAUUAGUUAGCUUUGAUAGCUUUUUAUUUUUGCAUAAUGAUUAUUUGUUAUAUAAGUUUAUGACAGCAUAAAUAUGUUUCAUAGACAUCGAAGAGAAAAACAUAUGUUAGUUAUUGUUAAUUUUUCUUACGAUACAAUAGUCAGAACUGAACAGAAAGUUUCAACAGUUUCCACGUAUUUUAGAUUUAAACAACGGUCUCAAAUACUUCAACUAUCUGUGGUUCAAUUUAUAACUGAAUUAUUUUGACCAGGAUCUGAGCAUGACCAUUCGGCAAACCUUGGCAGACUUCAGUACCCUACAUCUAACCUCGGCUGUAUACAGUUUCUUGAGAUAAAACACUCUUCACAGGCGUCUACACGGCCGCUGCCAUAUUUAAUCCAGGAACUUGAAAAUAGUUCCAAUUCAUCACACAGCCGAGGUUAGAUUUAAAGUAUUGUAGUCUGCCAAGGCUUGGCAAAUGCAAGUAUGACGUCAUCAUUGCCGACAUUUGGAAUUCUGACAUAACAAAAAUAGAAGCCAAGGAACGAGUCUGCUAGGUUUCAUGUCAAUUAUACUUGAAUUGAAGGAACCCCCAAGAGGAAAACACCAUGAUCGGUAGUGUUUGGGCCCCAGUUCCUUGUCCAAAAAUAUGAAUCACUUGUUAUGAAUAUCUUCUGCACAUUGUUUUAAGUACAUUUGUUGAAAAGAUGUAUUUCGCAUAGAUUGAAAAUAUAUAUGGCUUCCAAAUUCUCCAUUAUAUGAUUCAAUCAAUUGGCUGUAGACAUAACAUGAGUUAGGGGAAAAUGUUGAAUAAGUGACAGUAAUCUUUACCCUAACCCAAAAUUCCAUAUAAAUGAAUAUUGUGUAACCCACCUGAAACAGGCUAAGCUUAGACAAGUAGUGUUUUCAUUUCUCCAGUUGUGGCAGAAAAAAACAAUUUUGCUUAGAAUCUGGUACACAAUCAAUUAUCUUUUUAUAAUCUUUGAAUGGCAUUUAGCAAUUGAUCAUAAUAUAACAAAACACAGUUCGAUGGAUAAAAUUGACUAUAAUAUAUACACACGACAUUUUCACAAGAUUUCACGGGUCAUUAUCAAGCAUUUUAUAAUUUUGUAUGCUUGAUAACCAAGCUUGGACAUAAGGCAGCUGUCAGAGACUUUGUCAGGCAUACAUAAUCACACAUUUUUAGUAAAAUAUAUAUAUAUAUAUCUACAGGGGCGGAUCUAGGAUUUUCAGAAAGGGGGGGGGGCGUGCUGCCCCAAUUUUGGAGUACGAAGCCCGGCCUUCGGUGGGCGAAACAGACGGGCAAUCAACCAAGUCACCAACCGACUCAUUUCAGAGUAAAUUAUGAUUUCCAACCUAAACUGACUGUUAAUUCCUUUCCCGCGAGUAUAUAUGGGGUAAAAAAUUGUUCGCCACCGCAAAAAAUAGGGGGUGUGUGCCCCCCCCCCUCCUGGAUCCGCGCCUAAUCUAUGUACGUUAUGUGAUAAUUUGUGCCUGACAAUGUCUGUGACAGGUGCCUUAUGUCCAGACUGGUUGAUAAUGACUACCUGACGUGUAUAUGAUAUAGUGAUGGUUAUCCAGACAACUGGGUUAUAUUAUUUUCUUGUUCGUUUGCUUGUUGAAUAUGGUUAAAAUAAUCAAUUUAUUAGACAUUAUUAGAUUUUUUUAUUAGAACUACAUAAUUUCUAUGUAUUCAUUUAUUAUCAUGUAUUAUUUUUGAUUUCUUUUUUUUUGUAAUAAUCGCUUUGAUUAGUCGAAUGUGAGUGAUAAGCUUGCUCUAGACCAAUCAUGGCUUAUUUAACAUAAAUAUGUUCAUAUAUAAAGAAUCUCAGUUUGUUCAAAAAUAAAUGUAAAUUUUAUGGGGCAUUGUCAUAUUUAUUGAAAAAUUUUAACAUUUGUAGCAGUCAAAAGGUUUAUUGCCUGUCAAAAUUAUUGACUUAGACACAAGGAAUUUAUUAACCCUUAAAAUAUACAUGGGCUGAAUCCCUGAAAUAUAUAUCAAAGUGGUGGACCGUGGAAAUAGGCCAGAAUUUAAAACCGAGGAUAUUUAUAAAAGGUUUAUUUAUAGUGUUUUAUAUUAUUACAGUAGUUGUUAUAACACUCAGUGCAUUUAGGUGAUAUUAAAAAUAAUAUCCAUGGUAACCCAAAUAAUACAUUUAUCUCUCUAUGUACACAUAAAUUUUUAUGAUGGCGGGAGGGUACCAUAAAUGUUAUAACAUGAUUUUCUAAUAACAAGGUACUGUACCAUAAAUAACAUGAUAUUCUAAUAACAAGGUACCAUACUAUAAAUUUUAUAACAUAAUAACAAGGUACCAUAGAUGGUUUUCUAAUGAUAUGGUACCAUAAAUGGUUCUCUAAAAGCAUGGUACCAUAAAUGUAUUAUUAUUAUUUCAAAUUGCGCUGGAACAUAGUUUUCAAGUAGUAGUAGUAGAUUAUUUGAGGUUUACUACCAGAAACCCCAAGGCAUACUCCUCGCAGUGUUUAAUUAGACCGAAAUCCGAGGGGAUUUCUGGGCCCAUUGCUUCAGGAAUAUGUCCUCAAGGGAGCUUAACUGAUUUAUAAACAAGGUAUCUUUGUCUCCAUUGUCUAGAAAAUCUACGAAUUGAACUCUAAUUUUCCGAAUUUAUGUGUAUCCACUUAUUAUUAGUCGAGGGUCAAUAUAAUAUUUAUAGAAUAUAAGAAUUUUAGAUUUACCAGAAUAGAUUUUGAUAAAUAACAAAUUAUAUUUAUAUGGUAAAUUAGUAGAUUUUGUGUAUUUUGCAUGCCACAAAUUAUUAUACUAUUUACAAUAAACUGUGAUUUUUUA